AUGGAGAAAAACCAAACCGUUCCUUCGCUAACCGAACUCGCUGCAAAAUGCGUCGCCUCUCACAUUCCCUUCGAAUUGGUCGAGCACGUUUACCCCCCCGUUCCCGAGCAACUCCAACUCCGCAUAGCAUUUUGGAGUUUUCCCGAUAAUGAAGAGGACAUCCGUUUGUACUCCUGUUUGGCCAAUGGGGCGGCCGAUGAGUUCACAAGAGGGGAGCAUCUCGUCAGGAACAACAUGGUCAAGGACCCCUUGCAGAUCGGUUUCCACCUCUCUGCCAGCGUCCAACAAAACUACCGCGGCACUCAAUACGUCUCCGUCGCCGUGACCUUCGACCGUCGUCGCAUCUCCUCCUGCAACUGCACUUGCGACUCCACCGCCUACUGGUGCUCUCACAUCGUCGCCGUCUGUCUCACUCGCAUCCAUUCGCCGCACUUGGUCACUCUUCGCGCCCCCGUCUCCGAGUCGCUCUCCCGCCUCCACCGCGAGCAACUCCAAAAAUUCGCCCAAUACCUCAUCAGCGAGCUCCCCCAACAGAUCCUCCCCACCGCCCAGCGCCUCCUCGACGAACUCCUCGGCUCGCAGCCCUCCGCCAUCAACUCGGUCUGCGGCGCCCCCGACCCCACCGCCGGCGCCUCCGCCAACGACCAGACCUCCUGGUACCUCGACGAGAAGGCCCUCCACGACAACAUCAAGAAGAUCCUCAUCAAGUUCUGCGUCCCAGCCCCCAUGGUCUUCAGCGACGUGAAUUAUCUCAGCACGGUGGCGCCCCCAGCCGCCGCCGAGUGGACCUCCCUCCUGCGCCCCCUCCGGGGGCGCGAACCCGAAGGCAUGUGGAAUUUGUUGAGUAUAGUCCGCGAAAUGUUCAAACGAAACGACCGAAACGCAGUACCCCUCUUGGAGAUCAUCACCGAGGAGUGUAUGGCAUGUGAGCAGAUCCUCAUCUGGUGGUUCAACACCAAAGUGGCACUUUUAUCGGGGAAUUCGGGGUAUGGAGGUGGAGGUGGAGGAAAACACAACAACGUCAAUAGUAACACUCAUGCCUCCCAACAUGCCUGUUCGUCACUUUGCGAUGAAGUUGUGGUACUUUGGAGGUUGGCAGCCCUGAAUCCGGGUCUUGCCCCCCAAGAACGCGACAUGCUCCACUCCCAGUUCACCACGUGGCACAUGAAAAUCCUCGAAAAGGUGAGUAAAUGUAGGAAUUCGAGUCAGGGAGGAGGCAACAAAAGUGGGACCUUAAAAAUGGACCUGGAGGUCUUCACUGGGUUCAAACCGGCAAUUGAGGCAUGUUAUCUCGAUUGGGAUGAUUACCCCAUGCCUGGGAUCACUUACACGCAAGAUAUCAAUCCUAUGUACCAUUGCCCAUUCACUUGUUUCCGUCAUGGGUCAGAAAAUCGGGACCCAAUAACCCAAGUCAACUCGAGUAAAGCAGUCCUCAACUGUCACCAUCACCACCAUCACUACCAUCAUCACCAUUCCCGGGUCACUAGAUUCGAUUUCGUCUCAGUGAUGAGUCUCAAUCCGGCUGAGUACCCCCCACAUGCCCCCCUCCCACGUGACGGUAACCGUUCAAGUGUGAGUAGUGAAGGCUUCUGUGAGAAUGAUGAUGACCAUGACUCACAAGACUCCUCCUCCUCCAACCCCAAACUCGAUACUCAAUACCCGCGAAGGGCGAGUAAAGACGAAUCCAGCCUUUCGAGUAAUUCUGAGUCCCCCAAUUCGGGGGAUGAGUACAAUGUUUACUUCUACAACCCGAAGGAGGUGGAGGGGACCACCUCCAAGGACACCUCCGAGGAGGGCAAAGUGUUUACCAACGUGCGGAAAUGCGACGACCCAUGGGAUGUGCUAUUCGCCCGCGCGGAAGGCCUCCACGCCCAUGGGCACAGCAAGGAGGCGUGCAUCCUGGGCGUGAAACUCGCGGAGGAGUUAUUGGCCAAUCCCCCAGAUUUGAUGAUCGAAAUCCCUCCCAUCCCCAAACGCAAGGGGAAGAAGCAGCAAGUCAACCCGGCCUCGCACCAAUUGAGUUGUUUGGCCUCGGGUACUUUGGCCAAAUGUGCGUUUUUGUGUUCGGUUUUGGCGGAGAAUCCCGAACACUACCAUUUGGCCUUUCGGGUGGGGAUGUUCGGGUUGGAGAUGGCGCGACCACCGGCGAGUACCAAACCCUUGGAGGUGAAAUUGGCCAAUCAGGAGUCGGAUUUGGUCAACCUCCUCAAAAGAAUCCCGCUUGGGCACAAGGAGUUGCAGGUUUUGAGGGAGAGGGCGGAGCAUUUGAAGGAGGGGACGAUCAAGUCGCGUGGGGAGGCAAUGUUGCCAACUAUGCUGGCGAGUUUCAUUUUCGACGCGUUGGUGAUUCCCGGGGUGGUGGGGAGGGAUCGUACCAAAAUUGCCUCUUUGAGGUUGCCCACGGAUGAGCCGUUGGGGUUUGAGGCGGCUGUGGCCGCGUUAGGGAUGAAGGCGAAUGUUUCCGAAGCGGAUCAUCCCUUGUUGUGUGAGGGGACGAGGAGGCAGAAAGGGGAUUUGGCCAUUACGUUGUUGACUUUUUAUAAGGAUGAUUGUUGGAAAGUUGCAAGGAUUAUGGAUCGGUUGUUGGAUAGGGAGAUUCAUCAGUUGUUGAAAUCGCCACUUUUGAGUUCGUAUUAUUCGAGUAAUCCCCCGGUGAAGAGUCAAUAUAGGGCGAGUCAGAGGGAGGAGUGUGAGAAGGUGAUGACACCGUUGAGUCCGUUUUUGCCACCCACGGAGAUGUUGCCGAGUGAUAUAAAUUGUUGCAGUCGUCCUCACAGUUCGACCAGUGCCGAAGUCGAUCAAGGUUUAGCCAACCUAAACCUCGCUACUGGUACCACAGUCCCCACUCAAAGUACCAGUACCGUUCAAAUAACCCGAACCAAGGAGUCCCGUUAUAAGGGCAAACGCGCCUACCCCUCCAUCCCCAACCAACCCUCUGAAGCCGGUGCCCAUUUCAUGUUCGAAUUGGCAAAAAUCGUAUUAAACAAAGCGGGUGGUUCCAGUAGUACCUCCUUAUUCACCCAACCCUCAACAAGCCAGAACCAUCAUGGUCCCCAUCGCGCCCUCCACAUGUGCGCCUUCCAAAUCGGCCUCUACGCCCUUGGACUUCACAAUUGUGUAAGUCCAAAUUGGUUAAGUCGGACUUACUCAUCGCAUGUGUCAUGGAUAACCGGUCAAGCGAUGGAAAUCGGGGCGGCUGCGAUAUCAUUCUUGAUUGACACAUGGGAGGGGCAUCUGACUCCGCCCGAAGCGGCGAGUAUAGCCGAUCGGGCGUCACGUGGGUGUGACCCAAAUAUGGUGCGAGCUGCGGCCGAAUUGGCUCUUUCGUGUCUACCCCACGCCCACGCCCUCAACCCCAAUGAAAUCCAACGUGCGAUCCUCCAAUGCAAGGAGCAGAGCGACGAUAUGCUCGAACACGCCUGUUUGACGGUGGAGACAGCCGCGAAAGGGGGCGGAGUCUAUCCCGAAGUGCUCUUCCAAGUGGCCAAAUACUGGUACGAGCUGUACAUUCACCACACCCCCGGCGGUGAACAAAUGAUGGAGAAUGAGCCAAUCCUGGACACGCAUGGUGCUUUAGUAGCGCUGAUUGAGCCAGGACCUGAAAUCCCGCCCACAAGUCCCGUUGUUGUGACAACAGCUCCGCCUCCUCCUUAUCCAAUCACAAUACCGUACGCUGUUGGUCAUUAUAAUUUCCUACAUCCGCAUCAGAUUAGUUAUGGGGGCCCUAUACACCCCCCUGUGCCCCUCCAUCAACCCCCACCCAUGCCCAUGUAUCAAUUCCAAUAUCCACCACCGCCGAAUCAAGCCCCGCCCCAGUAUCCACAUCCGGCGAAUCAAAUGCAACCGAUUCGGUAUUACGGCACGGGGUGUGUCCGACCGGUUUAUGCUCCGCCUCCUGGGAUGGUACCACAACAAGCUCCGCCUCCAAGACCGCCCCGACAACCCCAACAGUUCAAUCAAACGCAAUUACGUUAUUUAUUGACGGCGUAUAGAGUGGGGAUGUUGGCAAUGGAGACUUUGGCAAGGAGGGUGCAUGAUGACCGCCCCCAGGCUAAGUAUGCAAGGAAUCCGCCCUAUGGGGAGGAUGUCAAGUGGUUAUUGCGGAUUUCCAAGCAUUUAGGUACUCAAUACUUGCAUCAUUUUUGCGUUUGCGCAGUUAAUUCAAUUGUUAGUCCGUUUGUACUUCAUGAUGUUGCGAUUGAAGCUGCGCAUUAUUUGUCGCGAAAUAAUCCAACGAUGGUUAUGCAACAUUUAAGGACGGCCUUGACGCCAUUAGUGCAGAAAUGUCAACAGAUGUAUAUACAGUGUAUGCAUCAAAAAUUGUAUCAUUUGACGUCGGCUGAUUAUGAGGAUUUUGUUAGUAUUGUAUGUGCGGCGAGGGCCGCCUUUCAGAUCACGCCCGAUGGGAGUGCACAAUUUAAGGAGUGGUUACAGUCGAUUAGAAGGUCGAAAUCGUGCAAGAAGGACCUCUGGACGCAGAUAAACACCGCCCUUCAGGCCAACAGCAAAUGACAAAGGACAGAUUUAGGUCCCCAAAGUAGUAGUAGUUAUCUACGCGUCCAAGAAUUAGACGAAACGACGCCGCCGACGCCGAGUCCGGGCCUGCACUUGUGCACUUAUCCCAUCGUCAGCACGGGGCUUCCAUCCGAUCUAAGUAGGCUGUACAUUAUUCAAAAUUCCCACGUCAACGAACCACAAUUCGACAUUUGGUCAAACACGUCGGACAUUAGUUGAUCACGUGAUCGAUUUUUAAGUGAAUAAAAGCAAUUUUUCAGUGUUCUGUCACUAUUCUGAAGUGCUCAGGUUUCUUACCAUCUUUGCCUUCAUUAAAACUCUCUAGGUAAACAAACUAAUUACGUAAUUUUUAUAUCUAGGCAAUUUUUUUCGAAAAUCAUGCAUAAAAAAAUGAUUAUUAUUCAGUUAUUCAGUGUUUUUUUAGGUUAGUUUUUUUUAUCAAUCAUUUAACACUAGUAUAGUUUUUUUUCUAAUAUAAAAAAUUGUGUUCAAUCGAAUUGUACAAUUUAUGAGAAGUCAUGUUGCGCGUAAAAUAUGUUAUACAACUCAGGCAAAAUGUAUCAUAGUGACUAAAACGAGUAUUUUAGCAAAAAUAUGACAGUUUUCAUGACUUGUCCAAUUGUUUUUUGUGUAUAUUAUGAUCUCAAAAAGUCGGGUUUGUGUACAGUUCAUUCAACGAUUCUCGGAAAAAUCUGUGCCUUUAAAAUUAUACAGUUUUGAAUCAAAAUUUCUGUCACGAACUGUACCCAAAUCUGUCAAAUUUCAGCAUAGUUAUUUGAUUUUUCUAGCGUAGUUUAGGUACGUGUCAAAUUUAUUGAAAUAUGAUAAUCGUGGAAAAAAUCUUGUAUAAACCUCAGUAGCAUCAAUGUACGUCAUAUUUCUUUAAUUGAAUUUCACAAGAGAGAAAUAAGGGCUGAUUUAAACUAUUGUAUAGCAAACAAUGCCGAUUGAUGUAAAAA